AAAAUUUUCUGGAGCCAAUAAACUGAUACGACCUCAUAUAUUUCUCUGCUAGACGGCGUAUUCCAUCACCGUCACAAACAGGGAAGAUAUCAUCGCAAAAAUAAACGGAGACACAUAUAUUGAAGAUGUCGAGAGCCAGGUCCAAGAAGGAAGAGUCCGCCGAGAUCGAGUCCGAUAUUGCCAUGGAAGAGGCGCCGACUUCUCAUCAACCCGAGGAUGAAAUGUCGGUGGACCAGAACGAGGACGAAGAUGCGGGAGACGUUGAGGAUGAUGAAGAUGAGGAGGAAGAGGAAGAAGAGGGUCAGAGAGUGAGGCUGCUCCCUGGCUCAACACCUACUGCUGCUUCGUUCGAGUUCCUCAACGAGGGUCAUACCCUUGGGAACGCCCUGCGAUACAUCAUCAUGAGAAACCCCGAUGUUGAGUUCUGCGCAUACGCCAUUCCCCAUCCCUCCGAAGCAAAGAUGAACGUCAGGAUCCAGACCUUUGAGUGUACAACGGCAAUCCAGGCCCUGGAAAAGGGGCUGCGGGACCUGCAGGAGCUCUGCGAUGUGGUGUCUGAGAAGUUUAUUGACGCCCGCCAGAAAUUUGCAGAGAAUUCUUCAUAAUAUUCUUCUCCAGGGUUUUG